AUGGUGGAUAAUGUUAUUCUUGUCGAACCAGUUACUGAAGCAGUUGCUAGUCAAUUACCAGCAGUUGAUUCAUUGAAGGAGUUAAUCAUUCCACCCGAGUUUACAACAACAUUAGUUGGUAAACCAUUUUUAUUAUAUGAUAGUUAUUCACAAAAUCAAGAAAUUCCACGCAUAUUAAUUUUUUCAACUACGGAAAAUCUUGAUAUGAUGGAACAAGCUGCAAUAAAUACAGUGAAAAAAGUAUUUCCUCAAACGGAAAUAAAUGGAUGUUUUUUCCACUUUUGUCAAUCUAUAUGGAGACAUAUUCAAAACACAGGAUUUGCCGUAAAAUACCAUGAAAAUUCCGAUUUUGCAUUAAAUAUUAAAAUGUUAAAUGCAUUAGCAUAUGUUCCACCAGAGUCUGUUAUUACUGCAUUCGAAGACCUAUUACAAACUGAUUUUUAUAAAGAACAUGAAACAAUAUUGACACCUCUCUUAGACUAUUUUGAAGACACAUGGAUAGGUCGUAUUAGUCGUAACAGACAACGAAGAUCCCCAAAGUUUUCGAUAAAAUUAUGGAACUGUUAUGGUUUGAUUAAAAAUGACAUACCAAGGACCAAUAAUGCCAUUGAAGGAUAGCAUAAUUCAUUUAAAUCAAUUUUAAAUGCAGUUCAUCCUUCAAUUUGGAAAUUUAUCGACGCUUUAAAAAAAGAGGAAAAGUUGAAUCGAGUGAGAAUUCAUCAGUUUAUUGCAGGUAAUGAUCCAAAACCAAAACCAAAAAAAAAAUACAAAGAUUCAGGAUUAAGAAUAAAAAAUAUUUGUGAAAAAUUUCAUUCAAGAUCAAC